GCCGAGCCGAGCCGAGCCCUAGCCGAGUGCUGCCGAGUCGUAGCCGAGUGCUGCCGAGCCUGUUCCGAGCCCUCCAAGCCCCAGCCGAGCUCUGCUGAGCCCCACUGAGCCGGGACCCCUCUCCCGGCACCGGCCGUUCUCUCCCGGGACCUCAGCCCCGGCGCGGGGGGGCCCUGCCGGGGCAGCGGAGAUGCCGCUCGCGGGCAGCCGCCUGGGGCUCCUGCUUCUCGGGGCGCUCCUCACCCUCAUCCUCUACCUCCUGCUCCCAGCUGCCCAGCAGGAGCCACGUGUGGCGGGCAGCCAGCCUGUCGAGGGGAAGCGGGGCCAGCGGGCAGCCAAUGCCACCAUGCGCACGGGGAUGGCGGCAGGAGAUCCCCCUGUCUUCUACAGGGAGGUUUCAGCGGCGCCCGAGGCCAGUGGCAUCGCCGGCCCCAGGAGGCCUGAUGUCCUGUUCCUGCACGGCCAGGCAUUCACCUCCAAGACGUGGGAGGCCCUGGGCACACUGGCACUGCUUGCUGGAGAAGGCUACCGUGCGGUUGCAAUAGAUCUGCCUGGCUAUGGGGAUUCGCCCCCAGCGGAGAUGGUGGCCACAGCGCAGGGCCGGGUAGCUCUCCUGGACCAUGUCCUCCAGGAGCUGGACAUGCAGACGCCUGUUCUCGUCAGCCCAUCCAUGAGUGGCCGCUUUUCCCUGCCCUUCCUCCUGACACGGAAGGACCAGCUGGCUGGCUUCGUGCCCGUGGCACCCGUGGGCACCAAGGACUACACCGCUGAGCAGUACCGGCAGGUCCAGACACCCACCCUGAUCCUGUAUGGUGAGCAUGACACAAGGCUGGGUCUCCAGGCCCUGCAGAGCCUCCGGCACCUCCCCAGGCACCACGUGGCCGUGGUGCCAGAUGCUGGCCAUGCCUGCUACCUGGACAAGCCGCAGGACUUCCACCGGGCCCUUCUGGGCUUUCUGUACCAGCUGAAGAGAUCUGCUGAGCAGAGGACGGGGACAAGGGCAUCCUGAGAGACUGGGGGGCACAGGUGGCUGGUGUAAGGGUGCUGUUCUCCUUUGGGGUGACCCCCAGGGUGGUGGGAGGGGACAACUGAGACUCCCUUGCUGGCACAGAGUGUGUCAUCUGUUACAAGGCCAAUAAACUGAUGCUGCU